ACUACAGGCCCAACCGUCAGAGAGGAAGUUCGGUGGGCUCGUUAGCUGCUAGCUGCUGGCUAACUUGCUAAAAAAAGUAAACAAGUGCUCUGGAUGAGAUGAGAUUAGACCGCAGCGCAAAGUAACUUCAACCAUGAAAGAAGACAAAGAGAACACUCGACCGAAGGAGAAGAAAGUGGAGAUAAGAUGUGAAGACGGAGAAAAAACGGAGAAGUUAAAGGAAAAGAAGGAGGCCAUGACAAAGAUUGUGAUCAGACGAUUGCCACCAAGUCUGACCAAAGAGGAGUUGGAGGAGCAGCUGCAGCCUCUCCCAGAGGUGGACUACCUGGAGUUUUUCUCCAACGACACCAGCCUCUACCCUCACCUUUUUGCAAGGGCUUACAUCAAUUUCAAAAAUCAAGAGGAUAUCGUCCUCUUCAGAGAUCGAUUUGAUGGAUAUGUAUUCAUUGACAGCAGAGGUCAGGAGUAUCCUGCCAUCGUGGAGUUUGCACCCUUUCAAAAAACUUCCAAGAAAAGAACUAAGAAAAAGGAUGCAAAAUGUGGAACAAUUACCGAAGAUCCUGAUUACAAGAAGUUCCUGGAGCAUUACAACGGAGAUGAAGAGAAGCUGACCUCAACACCUGAGACUCUGUUGGAAGAAAUUGAAUUAAAAUCGAAGGAACUUGUAGCUAAAAAAACAACUCCUCUCCUGGACUUCCUGAAGAAUAAACAGAGAAUUAGAGAGGAGAAGAAAGAGGAGAGGAGAAGGAGGGAACUUGAGCGCAAGCGUCUGCGUGAUGAGGAGCGUCGCAAGUGGAGGGAGGAGGAGAGGAGGAAACGCAAAGAGGCAGAGAAGAUGAAAAGACUCGAGAAACCGCUGGAGAAAGACAAAGACCAAGUUAAAGAAGAGCCAAAAAUUAAGCUCCUGAAGAAGCCAGACAGAAGUGAGGAAGCUGAUUCCGAGAAGCCCAAAGAAAAGCCCAAGAAACCAGAGAAGCCAAAUAAAGAGGACAGAUCCAUGGGGGGCGCUGAUCACAAGAGGCGUCACAACAUUGAAAACAAGGAGGAUCGAGGAAGGAAAGGGGACGAAGACGGGAGGAAGGAGUUCAGGGAGCGCGAUCCAGAUCGAGACCGCGAACGAGAGCGGGAGAAGGAGCGGCGGCAGAAAGAGAAGGAGCGCCUCAGGCGUCAGGACGAAGAUCGACGUCGGAGGAGGGAACGGCAGGAUGGAGAGAACUCCUGCAGGAAGCGCGUGGACGAGGUUAGAAAAGAAAAGGCCAUGGAGAAGAGGAAGGGUGAGAACAUGGCCGACUCCACUCGCUCUGAGAGGCCAGAGAAACCUUCAAAGGACAACAAGAAGGAUGAGAGUAGUAAAAGAGAGCGGCUACGAAAUAAGGACCGGCCUGAUAUUCAGCUGUACCAGCCAGGGGCCAGGAGCCGCAAUCGACCUACGGGAGGAGGAGCUGAAUCCGGCUCUGCUGACAGGAAGGCUGAUACCGAGACCAAGAAAGUGUCCGAGAGAGGAGACGACUGAGCAGCUCCCACCUGUGGCAUUUUAAGUUGGCUGAGGAGAGAGGAGACAGGCCCGUGAGGCUCAGAGCAGCAACGUGGCGUCUCAGGGGCCCCACACAGUUCAAGCAGGGCUGCAUCUGGGUCUCCCUGUCUCAGAGGCAGAGGUGCGGUUGUGGGGCCUCUUAGUGCCUGAAUAUGUGAUCCUCUUUAGUUUGAUUUGUUAGCAGAGGUUACAGCAACCUUUGGGAAGAGUUUGGCCGUAGGGGACAUUAAGUGAAGCCAAAGCUUUCUUGGACCACGUGAACUCAAAGUGACCUUACUUCAGUUCUCUGAUAAAAAAAAUGUUAGAUACAUCAGCUUGUUCAUCUAAAUCACAAAAAACCUACAGGUGUCACUCAAUAUGUCUACAUUGCCAAACUCUAUGUAACAAUAUGUUUCCAAAGGGUCUUUAAACAUGAUUCAUGACACCAGUUUCAGUUUGACAAUUUGAACCGUUCAUGGUGUGUUGUUCUGAAACAGACUUGAACUGUAUCUAAAGGUUAUCAUCUGUACAUUGUCUAAGGUUGUGUGUGUGUGUUUUUUUUUUUUAAUUUUUUUAUUCAUUCAUUCAUACAGUGAUGGAGAAAUAGCCAUUUCUGACUAACUGCCAUGUGAAAGCGACGCCUGCAUGCAGACACAGUCAAAUAAUCAGUGAUCAACCUGUGGCCUUCCCCCUUUUUGUAAUCUGAGACUCUUCUUAAACAUUCAUCUGUGAUGCAUUAACCUGAAAACAGCAUGGAAUCAUAUCACUGAUGGUGACGCUAACAUAUUACAGACACUUUUUGAUUGGAAAUAAAUGAUCUUCAUUAAAGUCUA